AUGACACCCGGAACGAAGGGAGGGAGCUGGUCCGAGUCUGCCCGCAAGGAGAGCGGACACGAUCGAGACGCGAGGAGAGCAAGCAUUACGAGAGAAGAAGAAGAGGGAGAGAAAGAAGGGAAAAAGAAGAAGAGAAGAGACCCAACGGCGACAGGCGAGAUGAAGCAGAAGAAGAGAAGAAGAGCUGAAGUGAAGGAAAGAAGAAGCCAGCAGGACGAAAAGUUGGAGGUUUUUUUUUUUUUUUUUCUGGCGUUGAAGAUAUUGGCUUAG